AUGCUUGGAAAGGCAAAACAGUCUCCCCGUGUUACCCCAAACAGGAAAACUGAAAAAAGCGCAGUUUCAUCAUCAAAGAAGGUCACACCAACAGGGAAAUCUCCUUUAAAGCUAAAAAACUUAUGUUCUGUAACACCAACUCAACGAAAUGUUGUUGCCAAAGAAGAAAAACCGGCAGAAACACCAUCCCAAAUGGAAUCACGAAUCAGAUGUGAGUUACGUCUUGAAAUGCUCGUAAGAAUGAGAGAAAUGCAAGACUAUUACGAAUCAAAAAUUGCAGAUCUAACCGAGGCAAUGGAUAACGACUCAUAUACAAUAUCUGCUUUAUACGGCAAUGACAAUAGUGAUAGUGAAUCAUCCGAAAACAAAGUUAAUCCAGAAAUUCUUGAAAUUACUAAGAAGAUUGAAGAAGCAGUGGCUAAGAGAGAUCAAUUACUUAAGAUUCUCGAUGAGAAGAAGAGACAAAACGCUGCAAUUGCUCAAGAAAUACAAGCAGGCGCUGCUCAAAAUGCUAAACUUAUCGAACAAAGAAAUGGACUACAGAUGAGAGUUGAUGCACUACGCAAGCAAAAGCAAGAUGAAGAUCUCAGAAUCAAUGCUGCAAAGGAAGAGCAGCAAAGAUUUGAAUUCCUCGCAAGUGAAAGCGCCAAUGAAGAAAACAUUCAAGCUCCAGUAGUAAGGAAGGACUCAAGUAGUUCAUCACUCCAAAGAGGAAUGUCACAAAAGUCCGUCGAUAAAAUUACAACCAUCAAAGAAGAAGCAUCCCAAUCGAAAUCAAGCAAGCUUAACCCGCACGACUCAUCAAAGAAGGACAAAAAACCAAAGUCCAAAAUUGUCAAGGGAAGUGAAAAUUCAAAUGUUGAUCAAAAUUCUCUAAACAUUGCUAAGAAGAUACCAAAAGAAAACACAGUUACAAACGUACCUGUAAAUAUUGCUCCUCAAAGAAGUAUUACUGAUACUGUGGGUGAAUUUAAUCAGAAACCUUAUCGCAUGAAGAUCACUGCUCAACUUGUUCACAAGGCGAAGAAAAACAAAGAUUAG